AUGUACAGCGCCCAGCGCUUCGUCCCGCUGCGGGACGCAGGGCUGGAGCAGGCGUCCGUCCGUCGCUACAACGUCGACUUUUGCCAGGUGUAUGCCAAUCCGGACUCCGUUGUGCACGAUGGCUCCGGUAGCCUCAAGCUCUACGUCGUGGCUCGUCGCAACAGCACCCCUAGCCUGCAAGCCUACAUGCCGUACGACGUGUUCACGCACGUGAACGAUUGGGUGGACCUCCAGGAAGCGUGUUCGGUGGCGGAUGAGGACAUUUUCGACAACGGAAUCUCGUCGUCCGACGAGGAGGGGAGCAUGUACAUCGGGGGGGCCAGCCCCCCGCUUAUCGCAAGUCCGGAGCCGUUCACAUCGCCAGGUCGUGCGUCUUCCGCCGCAUCGAGAUCGCAUCCGCAUCACUUCGACUCUGAUGCGUCCACGGUGCGGUCAGCAACCCGUUCGGCAGCACGUUCGCCAUCUCAGCCCUCGGCGCGGCGGCCGGUUUAUGACGCGGUGGUGCCAGCUGCCGAACUGCCCCAAGAUGAGGGCAUUGCGGACGAAAUCGUUGAAGAUGAUGACGGCCCCAUCUAUCAUGGCGUUUCGCCACCGCCAGUGCUGUCGCGUUCACCAGCUCCUCGCAGCGUGUCUUUUGCGAAACCUGUCGUCGUCGCCUCCCCCAGGCCGCGUGGCAAGCGGACCAUAUCCGGCCGCAACAACCUGUCGCCGCCGUCGCCAACUGGUUAUUCGCCGUUCGCGUCCUUCGGCGCCGUCUACAGCAGCGGCCUGCAGGGCCAAACGGCCCAGGACAUUGCCGCCGUCGCCACCGACACGCUUGCUGCCCUGAGGGACCUGAACCCCGUCGCCCCGCGCGCAACAGCGCCCAAUGUGGACCCGGCGCCAGCGCCAAAGCGCAAGACGAAGCGGGGCACUCGCAGCAAACGCGCCCCUGCCGCUGAAGCGCCGGAAACGGUCAGCAUGGCCUCUGCAGGUGCGGACGGCAUGGGGUUGAGAAUCGUCGAUGCGUCGGUCGUCGACCCGUAUCCCAUCGACGACACUUUUGACGAGCCGUAUUAUCCGACCUACCACGCAACCGACGAUCUAGGUGAAGAUACAGGCACGGGUGACUUAGUGGCAACGUCAGAGCUGUCUGGCCAUGCGGAUCCGCCGCCAGCUGCAGCUUCUGAUGCGGGUGCUAAGAACCGCAAGAGGAGCAGAAAACGUGUCUCGACUGCGGUCCUUUCCCUACCUCCAACCACCGUCGAGGAACUCCCAGCCGCCGCCGGCACCCAACGGCAUCCCGAUGAACCGCGAGCUAUCGCCGACACCGCAGCUCCAGCUGCAGCGCCUAGUCUACGCCACGACCAGGGCGUGCAAACGCUCGCCGUGGAGCCCAUGCGCACGUCCCUGGGGGUCGGCAAUGACGACUUCGACAUGGAUGAGUACAACAGCCUGGCAGACCGCGUGACCGCUGGCAGCCUGGGCCCGAAGAUCGCGAAGAAGCCGGCUCCCACGCGCGAGCGGCGCCCUCGGAAGGCGGUGAAUAGCGCGAUGCUGCUCAAUAGCUGGUACAUAUCGUACGUGGACGAUCGCAAAGGCACCAAGAAGCGCUAUGAGCCUGUGGACCCGUACGUCGGCAGGAACCGCCGGUACCCCAGCCGCGCUCGUCUGCCGCCCAUCCAGCAUUGGAACUCCAACAUCACCCCGGAUGGGUCGUCGGUGUUGUUCCUGAUCGGCGUGACCUCGGACGACACGAAGCUGAAUUUGCAGGCGCAGCAUGCGUCUGGCGACGUGGUGCUCUUUAACGAGGACGCUGCCGCUCCGGAGAGCUCGCCCAGCGCCAGGGUGCACCCCGACAACCUGCCGGAGGCGUCCCUGGUGAUGACGGACUCCAGCGGCAUGAUGGAGAUGCAGGUGAUCGAGUCGUCGCCGAUGGCGCGGCUCGCGCUUUCUGACAGGGCGCACAACGUGCCCACCGCCACCUCCACCGAACUAGCGCUAGCCGAUGUCGGUGCCCCUGCGGUCGAACCCGGGGCCAAGAGAAGGCGGAGCCGGCGUGCUGCCAAGGUGCCGGCCAGUGAUGGCGACAUCGGGGUCGACGCGGGCACUGCGCCACGCAGCGCCCCGGCCAAAGGCAAAGCGAAGCGCGCCGCACCCAAGCCGAAACCUGGCGGGCGGAAGCGCACUCGCCAAAUGACAGUGUCUGAGGCGUUGGAGAUUCUGAAGUCGGACAGCGCCGGAUCGUCGCUUGGUCUGGACGAGAGCCCGAAGAGCCGCCGUCAAUCUGAGUUUUACCAGGAGCUGGCCUUUAACCAUCCCAAGAAGGCCAACGUGGCUGCUCUGCCGUCGGAUUCCAUUGCUAUGCAGGACGGACGGCAUAUCUCCUACAGAUCGUUUUUCCGCGUGGACGAGGUGGAGACGCAGAUGUACCACGGGUCGCUAUUCCAGCCGCUGGUGAUGAACUCGCGCUGCCGGAGCUCGAACGUCAUUAUCCCCGUCGGCUGCCAUGUCAGCAUGGGCAACGUGAACGGCAAUUUCAUCUGCGGCUAUCUGUACUGCGGGGAGAACGUGGCCAUCCGUGGCCUCGGCAUAUCGUGGCCCCUGAAAGCGAAGCAGACCUUUUUCCUCCCCAUUUACGAGGAGUGGGGCAUAUACAACGAGAGCCGGAGCAUGGACGCCAACAUCGCGCUGACCUUCGUCAGCAUCUAG